AUGACCCAGCGUCGUCCAUACCGCUCCCACAAGUUCCCAGCGUGCGACAGAUGCCGCCGAUUUAAGCGGCGGUGCACGGGUGGUGCGCCGGAUCGCCCUUGCGUGCUAUGCAGCCUUCAGGAAGCUCCCUGCGAAUUUACCUCCAGCCCGCUGCAGAAGAGUCGGUCUGCGUCAGAGCGUGCUGCGAGACGCAAUGUCGAUCAACGAACAGUUGUGCAAAGCCCAUUACCCAGACCUGAGCCGGAUUCGUCCACUAUAGAUGAAGAGGCGGGACAAGAUCGGGUUGGGCCGCAUUAUCACGGUGGUCCAAACCAGGAUCCCUCCAAGCCAGUCCUCUCUAUGGUAGCUAAUCCGGUGAUUUCGGAGGAUAUUCGAAUCCUAGAGAGAUAUACGUCCUCCCAGGCACCAACGAAUAAUCCCAUGGUGUACAUGAAUGUCCCCCGACAGAGAGAAGGGCUCGCAAUGGCCGAGAACCCAGGGAAACAACAGGUGGAGAUCCUUAUGCAGAUCCUAAAGCCCUCUGCAAAUGAAUUAUUUGACUUAUACUUCGAGCACAUUCACCCGGCAUUUCCGGUAUUCGAUCAAGAUUCGUUCACUCAAUUGUAUCGCAGCAACAAGGUUUCGCCAACCCUUACUUGUGACUUUUUUGCCGUGGCACAGAUUCUGUGGGACUUUUCGCCCACUCUCAAGAAGCUGCCGCGGCCGGAUUCCUUCUUCCUGUGGAACCUAGCUGUCGAAGCGCUGCAGCAAGAUUUUCUUGUCCCAGGCUUAUCCACGCUUUAUGGAGUUGUUUUAGACAUGGCAGGGCGUCCCAUUUGCUCCGUUGCUCAAAAUACAAUCAACACAGGACGUGCGGUCUCGCUAGCGUUGAGCCUGGGGUUGAAUCGCAAUCCGACGGGCUGGAAACGCCCGGUUAUCGAGAGAGAUCUACGAAGGCGUCUCUGGUGGGCUGUAUUAAUACACGAUUACUGGUCAAGUUUUGCGCAUGGUACGCCACCGAUGAUCCGCAAGGAUCAAUAUGAUGUCCCGGUCCCUGCCGUUCAUGACUUUGUCACAUCAUCGCAUCACUCGGAGCGGCAUACCAUAGCUUAUAAUUGCUUCUCGAGCCUAUGUCGUCUAACCAUAAUUCUCGGAGACAUCCUUCCGCUUGCAUAUAAUUUGACGAUCGACCAAGAUGAUAUCUGGAAACAGAUCCGCCGUUUGGAGUCUGAUCUAGAUGCGUGGGAUGAUUGCCUCCCUGAUGAAGCGCGACCCCGAGAUGGUGAUAAACGAAGGAUCCCGGGUUGCAGCAACUUGCGUCUGGGCUAUCUCUCUAUCAGGUUACUACUUAAACGGAUAACAUUGCACGCCGCGGCAGUAUCAACAGACACGGAGCGCAAACAAAAUAUGGCAUAUUACCUUGGUCAAUUGCGCAGAUCAGCUCAAGACAUCGUAAAUUUCUUCUGCGCUCUCACAAAGGCGCAGUUCCAAGAAUACUGGCUCCCCUACACCGCCCACCACCUCAUUCUAACCGUUAUAAUUCUCCUCCGCUGCACAGUUGAAUCCCGCGAACCAGUCGUCGCAGAAAAAUGCAGAACAGACCUUGACCGAUUUUGGACGAAGCUGCAAGCUGCGGCAAAGGACGGAUGGGAUCUAGCGAACAUUUGCAUUACGCAGUUUGCAGAAUCCGUUUCGAAGAUUCUGUCCAUGUCCGCGUCAACUACAGUCACCGUUGAUGCACUCGAGGCGGGGCCCUCAGUUCUCCUUGAGCCACCCGAGGGCAGAAACGGAAUACCAAUGCAGUACAUCGCACCGGACCUAUUUCCCGACAUCCUUCCAUACUCGAACCCAGAUAUGUCAUUUGAUAACCAGUGGGAUAUUGGGAGCUUGUCGGGGCUGGGGUGGAUGGAUAUGUUCCCGAGUACCUGA